AAAGCGUCAGCCGCCCAUUCACCCGCCCGCAGUGUGUGCUUGAACGUUAUAGUGUCCACUACUCCUGUGCAAGGACUUUGUUAAAUCAUGAAUACACGGUGUUUAUUAGUGCUAGCAGCCGCCCUCGGCGUGGCGGUCGCACAGGAAUCGUUCAAGUGCCCAGAUGACUUCGGCUUCUACCCUCACCAUAUCUCCUGUGACAAGUACUGGAAGUGUGACAAUGGUGUCGCUGAACUGAAGACCUGCGGCAACGGUCUCGCCUUCGACGCCACUGACUCCAAAUACCUGACAGAGAACUGCGACUACCUCCACAAUGUUGAGUGCGGUGAAAGAACACAACUUGAGCCACCAAUUUCCACUCCUCACUGCUCAAGAUUGUACGGUAUCUUCGCUGAUGAAGCUAAAUGCGACGUUUUCUGGAACUGCUGGAACGGAGAAGCCUCUCGCUACCAGUGCAGCCCCGGACUUGCCUACGACAGAGAAGCGCGCGUGUGCAUGUGGGCUGACCAAGUCCCAGAGUGCAGAAACGAAGAGGUAGCCAACGGUUUCGCUUGCCCCAACCCCGGUGAAGUGUCCAACCUCGGAUCCUUCAGCCGUCACGCCCACCCAGAAGACUGCCGUAAAUACUACAUCUGUCUCGAGGGAGUCGCCCGUGAAUACGGUUGCCCCAUCGGUACCGUCUUCAAAAUCGGAGAUGCUGACGGCACAGGCAACUGCGAAGACCCCGAAGAUGUUCCCGGAUGCGAGGACUACUACGGAGAUUUGGACCUGAAGGCUAUCCGCAAGAGCGAGCUGCUCGCCGGGAUCAAGAGCAACGGUCAGGCCAGCUCCAACACGCCCAAGCAGCUCAAACCCCGCCCCCCAAAAGAAAACUAAACUAAAUCUCCUUCAACUAUACCUAUAAAUACUCACACGUAAUUAGUUUGUACACAUCGCGGGCUCUCUGUAUUCACAUUGAAUGAAUCCAAUCGCCUUUUUAUUUAAAUCGCUCGCGAUGUCUGCAGAUGUACUUAAUUCCAGUUUCAAAUUGUUGUAUAAGUGAGUGAUACUAAAUUGUUUUGUAUUCAUGUCCAAUUGCCAAAUACUCGUUGUAGCCUUAAACAGUUUCCAGCGACGAUAAGAAGUUAGUAAAAUCAUUCAGCGAUAGAAAUAUUUAUUUGUAUACUGUUUGUUGUAAAUAACGGCACUGACUUAUUUCGUCCGUGUAGAUAUUGAAAUCGUUGAUGAGUAACUUUACGUAUGAAUAUAAUAUAUGUUUUGCAUUUAUGAGAUUAGGAUCUGAAGGAACAUUAAAUACGUAUAUAAUAUGGAAUCCGUUUAAACCCAUGACUUUGUAAAUAUCUUACGUACUGAAUUAUUCGCUGCGACUGAGUGUUGUUGUUUGAUAUAGAAACUGUAAUACUUAAGUUUUAUUUUUAGUGAUAAAAUAAACAAAAUAUAUAAAAAUUA